CCUGGUGGGACUCGUGUGUUCGAAUGGCUCCGCGACGAAGGAAUCAGGAAGGGGAUGUUCCACCCGGAUUCGUGGAGGAACAUGUGGCCAACAUUGAAGGAGGACAAGGAGUCGGUGCUGAAGACAUCGGCGGGUCUGGGAAUCCGCCGUCCACAGUUGUGCCGACCGAGGAUAUGUCUAUCCGCCAUUUCAUGGAGGAGAACCGUCGCAUGUUUGCUGGCCUCAACAGUGAGUUUGCAGGCUUCAAAGGCGAGGUAAAUCAGAGGGUUGACGCUUUAACUGCACAACAUGAUUCUCUUGAGUCUCGUGUUGAUAGGUGUUUGGGUCAACUCUUUGACGUUGUGACUAAAAACAGGCAUGAUUUUGAUGUUUUUGUUGAUAAAAAUCUACGUGACAUGAAUGAAAUCAGGGAGCUUUUGGGUAGACCAGCAACGCAACCUAGGUGUUUGCCGUUAAACGGUGAAAACAAUCUAAACAGUGAAACUUGUUUUCCAAACAACGGUGCUCGAAAUAGUCCGCCAAGACAAGGGGUACCGCCGACACCGGUGGUGAACCCACCAACUCCGCGAGUUAAUAUUGGCGAGACUAGCACUGCUGCUAACACUCGGGUUGAACCACCGCCGUUUCACGGUGCGGGUCCACAAAAUAUCCCGGAGGCUAGACCCUAUGUGGCGCCGAUGAGCGGGGGUGUUGGUGGAGGAACGAUCAACAAUGAUCAUGUUCCGCCACGCAACUACCCGCAAAACGUCCCUCCUCCUCCAAACGUGUUUGGCAUGGAUCCUGGUGGAUUCAUACCACAAGGGGAACAACUCGAGGGGCAAGACGUUAACGCGAUUCGAGAUCAGGUAGCACAGAUGCUGGCGGAUCAGUUUGGUUUAGGGAUUAGACCAGCGAUGCCGCCGGUAUACCGAAAACCAUAUCCGGAUUGGGAUGAUAGAUACUACCCCUUUCCACGUUGUUUUCGCGUACCUGAUUUCAUCACCUUCAGCGGGAUUGGAGAUCAGUCCACCGUCGAGCACGUUGGACGAUUCACGGUUCGGUGUGGUGAUGUGAGUGAUUUCUUGAAGUUGCGUUUGUUUGGCAACUCGUUGACCGGUCCCGCAUUUGCGUGGUACGUCAAUUUGCCAUCAAACUCGGUUCAAACAUUGCAGCAAAUGAAACAAAUGUUCCAUGCCCAAUUCUACCGUUCUGAGCCAGAAGUAACUAUGGCAGACUUGGCACGAAUGCGCCAACAGCCAGGAGAAACGGUGGAACACUUUUUAACUAAUUUUAAAAAUGCAAGAAAUCGUUGUUUUGUGAACUUGACAGAACGCGAGUUUGUUAAACUUGCCCAGGGUGGAUUGAAUUUUGAACUUCGUAAAAAGUUUCAAGAUAGGGAGUUCUACGAUCUGUUUCAAUUGAUGUCCUGCGCUGUUAGAUAUGAAUCUCUUCUUCAUGAAGAAGAACAUAAGAGAAGUGGCUCUCGUGGACAAUAUGUCCCUAAUUUUGAAAACUAUGGUGUGAAUAACGUCGGCAGCGAUGUUGAUGAGGUUGAAAUUUAUUUGGCCGAGAUUGUGCAGGGGAAGCCAUAUGUGUGUGCUUCUCUGGCCAAGGCCGAUGGGGAACCACAGGGUGGAAAGCCCAAUCGUGCUCCAAUUCAACCUAGAAAAUAUUCUUUCGAUGUUUCAAAAUCGGAUAUAAUUUUCGACUAGCUUUACAAAGAUGGUCAAAUUAAGUUGACUGGAGGGCAAACUAUCCCGCCAGCUGAAAAAUUAAAAGGAAAACGCUAUUGUAAGUGGCACAACAAUGCGUCUCACUCAACUAAUAUGUGUGUAGUGUUUCGAAACGUGGUGCAUGAUGCUAUUGAAAAAGGUCGGUUCAAGGUACCGGAGUCGAGGAAGGAGGCCAUGAUGGUCGACACUGACCCGUUUCCCAACGGUGUGGGCGUCAAUAUGGUCAACAUUGUGGGGGGCAACAUUGUCGAAGCUCUUUUGUACCACAAAGACCUUGGUUCUCAAAAAAUUAGGAGUAUGGAAGGGGGACCAUGCAACGUCGCAGUUUCAAGCACAAAGGUGUUGGGUAAGGCGUGCUUGAACUCGUUGUCCGAGAUUGUGAGACCAUCAAUGCUUGCAUUAGGUGGUCCACCAAAAUCUGAGUAAGCCACCUCAAGAGAGGGUGACAAAGGCCGAAAUUACGGCCUUGCUGGAGGGGUUGCCGAUCAACGGCGACGAUUCGAGUAACGAGGUGGGAAAGGAAGCAGUGUUGCCGACAUUGUAGAAGAAAUCUACCUUGGUAUGCGAAGGAGGAUCAACGUUCAACUUUCAUAGUGCCAUCUUGCAUGAAUCUUACAGGUACGAGUUAACUCUGCUUUUGAUUGGCUUCAAAGAUUGUGUUACGUGUGAAUGUCAUGAAAUAUUGCAUGUGCAUGUUGCAGUCUUGCUAGCCAGACAAUUUAUUGAUUUUUAUGUUAGAUUGUCCAAUAAGUGAAGGAUUGAGCUAUAUAGGCACUAACGGCGUUGCAACAACAAAAUCACCACCGUUGGAGUGAAGUUGUGGCUUGUUAUGUUAUAUGGUUUGAGUUUUUGGUCAAAGUUGUUUAAUAUGGUUGGCCAGUGUUUAUGAUGUUGACGAGAUAGCCAAAACAUCGACAUAGGGUAAAAAGCUUUACCAUGUAAUUUUCGUUGACAAUGGUCACAUAAGACGAAAGAAGGGCCGGACCAAUUAUGCUUAUUUUUACCUAAGCUAGCAAGCGAAGUUGUUUGUGGCAUGGCUGUUGUAUUCUCUUUUAGCAACAACUUUGUAGUGGCUUGGAGGAAAGAAAAGAGCAUAUUCUUGGCCAAAAAAUAAUAAUAAUAUAUAAAAAAAGAAUUUUGCAUGCAGAGUUGCUGCUGUUGCUAACAGCGCUGAUGAUAAAAAAAGGUAAAGUCUCAGCGCUGCGCGUUGUGGCCGAAAUUUGACAGCCCGGUAAAAAAAAAAAAACGGGUUGUGGCCGAAAUUUGACUGCCCCGGUAAAAAAGAAAGAAAUAAAAUAAAUAAGUAAUGGCUUUGAGGGAAGAGGCCGCCAGGUCUGAGAGAAAAAAAAGAAGGGAAAGGGCGGCCAAAAUAGCGCUGAUUAUUAAUUAAAAAAUAUCUAUCAGCGCUGCGGCUGUGGCUCACAGCCAUAUAAAAAAAAAAGGGGGCAAAGGGGUGGCGGCAACUCAGGCCUGACCAUAUUAAAAAAAAAAAAAAAAUAGGGGUGGCGGCAACUCAGCCCUGAUCAUAUAUAUAACAAAAAAAAAAUUGGCGGUUGAGGGAAGGAGGCUGCCAGGCCUGCUGCAAAAAAAAAAAAGGCGGAGUAAGCCUAUUUUGGCUAAGGCAGCGCUGCGCCACUAUAACAGGAUUGGUUCGGUCGGUGCUGAGAGGGAAGGAAACAAGGCUGCAACCUUGUGGAUUCGCAGUGCUGCGAAGAGAAUUUUUUUUUUACAAGGCCAUUAUCAUGGUUUUCCUAAUCCUCUUUGACCAGCGUGAUUUGUGGAUUUUCUUGGCAAAGUUGAGUCAAUUGUUAUGAAAUUUUAGGUGAUUUGAAGUGUGUCAACAACUUGGUUCAUAAAUUCUUAUAAACCAA